AUGGCCGAACAACGGGCCGACAUGAGCGACGUAGCCGCAGAGGCUGCCGCCGACUUCUUCCAUCAGGUCUUCGGCGUGGUUAUCGAAGCUGCCAAGCGUUUCUACCGAAAUGUCUAUAACUCUGUCGCUGACGCGGGAAGCAUGAGCACACGCCGCUGGGCAAAGGUUAUUGGCUCUGUGGUAUUCUACAUCAUCAUCCGUCCAUACAUCGAAAAGUUCUUCAAAUACCUACACGACCGUCAACGUGCCCAGGAGAAGGAGAAGAAGGAGAAGGAGAAGGCUGCGCGCGGUGGCAAGAAGGCGAAGGUGUCUGCCAAUUCUCUUCGUGGAGGUGGUGACAGUGGCAAGGUGUUGGGUGAGGUGGAUAACACGGAUGAUGAGUUGGAAGAUGGAGAGGAGAAUCUGGCUCAGGCUAGUGGUGUGCCUGAGUGGAACAAUAUGGCUCGCAAGCGUCAGAAGAAGUACAUUAAGAACUUGCGCAAGCAAGGUCAGCAGGCGGACGAGUUCUCUGAGGAACAGAUUAUGGAGAUGUUGGAUUGGAGUGACGACGAGGAGGAGAAGAAGGCUGCUUGA